AUGCUGAAAAUGUCCAACUCAGUUAAAAAAGGGAGACAAGGAGAAAAACUGCCCCUGAAACCCACAGGAAUCCAGAGCAAGGCAUCUCAUGAUCUCAGGAGGCUUCAGUCCCUGCUUGCCAAAACCGGCCCCAGACAAGAGGUGGCAGUGCUGAGUCACAGUAAAGCAAGCAGCAAUGGAGCCAGCAGAUCACAAGGCCUGCAUCAUCAAAAAGACACCAGCAGACACAGGAGUGAGAGCAACAUCAGCAGUGAAGCCUCUGAACUGGAAAGAUUCAGCAUAACAUAUAGUGACCAAAGAUGCUUCAGUGGCCACCCACUGCAUAAACUCUUCUCCGACAUCCUUGUGUCUUUGGUCAAGAACCGACUCUGCAGUGAGUGGAUUGACCAUGCAACACCUGAAUCAGUCCAUAGGGUUCUUAUCUGUCUACGAUUACUGAUCAGAGAUCCUCACCAUCAGAAAAUCUUCCAUCAGCUCCAGGGUAUCAGUUCACUCGCCAGGUAUAUGGAGUCUGUCACUGCCAUGUACAUAUCUUACGGCGAACAGGCAUUUACUGUGCAGAAACUGGUCACAAUGACCUACAUGUUUCAGAAGCUCGCUGCUGUUGAAAAUCAAAGGGCCUGGGUCAUCGAGAGCGGCGCUCACAAGACCCUGGUGAAACUCCUCUCCACCACAGACAGCAGUGUGCUGCUGGGAGCCCUGCUGGCACUCAGCACUUUGGCUGAGAGCCCAGAAUGCAAGGAGGAGAUUGGGGAGCUACCGAUAGUGGAGAACCUCCUUGUAAUUCUGCAGGAAUAUGACCUGCUGUCAAAGAGGAUAAGUGCGGAGCUGCUGAGGCUCCUGUCACCGGUGCAGCAGGUGAGAGACCAGGUGAGGGAGCUGGAGGGGCUGCCUGUGCUGCUGAGCCUAUUGCAUGGUCAGCACCUGAAGCUGCUGUGGAGCCUCGCCUGGGUCCUGGUCCAGCUCUGCGAGGAUCCCGACACCAGGACAGAGAUCCGGAGCUGGGGAGGGGUGCAGCAGCUGCUUUGGCUGCUCAACAGUGACAGGGAGUAUGUCUCCGAUCGCUCCUCAAUCGAGACGCUCUCCAGCGCCAACGCAGCCGGUCGCAUCCAGAGAGAGCACAUCAGAGAGGAGCUCAGUCCCCAGGAGGAGGUGGACAACACCAUGGCCCUGCAGUCAGCCUGCUGUACAGCGUUGACCGAGCUUAGUCUGGAUGACACAUCUGCUCACCACAUUGUGCAGGAAAAUGGGAUCUACAUUAUAGCAAAGUUAAUUUUGCCACAAAAUUCUGGAGCAAAGGUGACACCUCUACAGUGCUAUGCAUUUCGGACUCUCCGGUUUCUCUUUAGUGUGGAAAGAAACAGGCAUCUGUUUAAGAGACUCUUUCCCACAGACCUCUUUGAGUUGUUUAUUGAUGUUGGCCAUUAUGUGCGGGACCUCACGGCCUAUGAGGGACUGCAAACCAAAGUUUCACUCUACGCUGAAGAGGAGCUGGAAAGUCUGAGAGAGAGCAUUGAGGCUGUGGACCAGAACCGACCUCCCCUUAAAGUCAUAAGCGGUUACUCCGUACUGGACCAUCUGGGCACCGGGGCAUUUGGAAGUGUCUUCAAGGUCCGAAAGCAGAGUGGCCAGAACCUCCUGGCUCUGAAGGAGGUGAACCUGCACAACCCGGCCUUUGGCAAGGACAAGAAGUCCAGAGACAGUAACGUGGAGAAAAUCAUCUCUGAGCUGACAAUCAUCAAAGAACAGAUGACACACCCGAACAUUGUUAAAUAUUACAAGACAUUUUUGGAAGGUGACAAGCUGUACGUUGUGAUGGAGCUGAUCGAGGGAGUGCCACUGGCUGAGCAAUUUAACUCUCUGAAGGAGAAGCAGCAGAAGUUCACCGAAGACAGAAUUUGGAACAUAUUCAUACAGAUGUGCCUGGCAUUGAGGUAUCUUCACAAGGAGAAGAGAAUAGUCCACCGCGACCUUACACCAAACAACAUCAUGCUGGGGGAGAAGGACAAAGUCACCAUCACUGACUUUGGCCUGGCGAAGCAGAAGCAGGAGAACAGCAAGCUGACGUCAGUGGUCGGCACCAUCCUUUACUCCUGUCCAGAGGUGGUGAAAAACGAGCCGUAUGGAGAGAAAGCUGACAUCUGGGCUUUAGGCUGUAUCCUCUACCAGAUGGCCACUUUACAGCCUCCAUUCUACAGCAGCAACAUGCUGUCACUGGCCAGCAAGAUCGUUGAGGCCAUCUAUGAGCCAGUUGAAGAAGGCGCUUUUUCAGAGAGAGUGACAGAGAUGAUCAAAUGGUGUUUGAGUCCAGAUGCAGACCAGCGGCCGGACAUUGUGGCCGUCAGCUCCAGGAUCUCUGACCUCAUGAUGCGGCUGAUGGACGGCCUCUACAUGUCCCAGAAUGCACUGGAAAGAAGAGCAGAGAGAGACAGGAAGCGGGCGCAGAAGUACUUUAUGGAGAGGCACAAAACCGGGACCAGCGUCUGUGUGCUGCACUGCUCUCAGGAAAAAUCCUUAAUGAAAACUGAACGUCCGGCUCCACGCUCUUCUGCAGCCUGCAGUUCAAUCCACAGCGAGCGAAUAAUCUGUCAAGAUGAUGCCUCAGAUGAUGAUGCUGAACCAUCUGAUACCAACACCACUGCCUCUGUAGGAAAACACUACGGAUUGAAGUCCAGCACCUGUGUUACACCUGACCAGAUUCUAUCUAGUGGGGAUUAUGCUGCAGCUAAGAUGAAACCCAGACCAGUGUCAGCAGGGAUCUGUGUCUCCCAGAAGAAGCUUCGACAGAUUGAUGAUCCAAGCCAGAGGCUCCUCGUGCAGCUGCACAAAAUCAUCUACAUCUCUCAACUUCCACCAGCUCCGCACCACAACAUCAAACGACGGGUCAUUGAAAGAUUGAAAAAAUCUCUGUUCCACCAUGGAAGCGAUCCAUGCAACCUGAAAGUGCAGCUCAGCAAGCUCCUCCAGGCCUCUCCAGAGCUGAUGGAAUUAGGCUCCACCAGUUCAGACUGGUGGCCUCUGAUCCACCACUUUGCAGGAGACCCCGUCGCUGCUGACAGCACAGGUGAUGGGAAUCUCAAAGAGGGAGUUACCUAUCAGCAGAUGCAGGGGAUCAUAGAGGAGCUGCUGCAGGAGAACAGCUACUAUGAAGCAACAAACAGCAGGAUCGCAGAGAAAAGAAAUGACCAGGAAAAGAAGUGACCAUCAUCUGUAUUCAUCCUCACAAGUCACAGAUGCAGCUGGAGAAACUUUACUGAAUUUAUUUCAGCGUGUUAACAUUUACAUCAGCCUGAGUUCACAGUUAUACUGUACUUGAAAUAUUGUUAAUCUUAUUUAAAAUAUUUUUGCACAUACUUUAGACAUAUAUAACACACAUAAACCUGUGGAAAUCAUAUAUAAAAACCUGUAUUUAUUUGUAUUUAAUCUGUUGACUACUUGGCAGGUUAUUGUUGUGACAAGGCUGGUGUAACAUGUUUCCACAGCAGACAUGUUUAUGUCACCACACUUCUCAUUCUCAUUGGUUCUCAGGCAUUGACUAUUUGUACAACUGUGAUGUGACUGUGCUAAUCUCCAAAGACGAGAUAAUUUACUAUACUACCCUCAUACUGUACAUGCAAUGAAUUUUGAGGCUGAUUUAUGUUUAUUUCUGUCAGCUGAAGUUAAAAAUGAAUAGCCUGUGAAUGUUUGACCCAUCACAAACCUGUCAUAUCAAAGGGAACUGGCCCACACACACAGACACAGACACACACACACACACACAUACACAGAAAAACAACAGAUUUAA